UGGCAGAGCAGUUUCUAUCAGAGCUCUAUAAACUAUCUGCAGAGAAAUGUCUGAGUCUGCAGCGAGUCAGUAUGAGGAUCAGUUCAUCUGUUCAGUCUGUUUGGAUCGGCUGAAGGAGCCGGUGACGAUUCCCUGUGGACACAGUUACUGUAUGAGCUGCAUUACUGACUGCUGGGGCCAGAAGGAGCAGGAGCCCCCGUACUGCUGUCCCCAAUGCAGAGAGAACUUCAGUCAGAGACCUCUACUGAAGAAGAACACUCUGAUAGCGGAGAUGAUGGAGACGCUGCAGAAGACGUCUCUACAAACGGCUGCUGUGGAGUGUGAUGUUUGCACUACAGAGAAGAGCAGAGCUGUAAAGUCCUGUCUGCAGUGCUUGGCCUCCUUCUGUCAAACUCACCUGCAGCUUCACUAUCAAUCUCCUGCGUUUAUGAAGCACAAACUAGUCCCAGCCUCCAGAAACAUUCAGGAGAACAUCUGCCUCAGUCAUGGGAAACCUCUGGAGAUUUACUGUCAGGACGACCAUCAGUGCAUUUGUUGUUUGUGUACUGAUAAUCACAGAGGACAUAAUGUGGUGUCUGUGGAUUCAGAAUGGACUAGUAAAAAGGACAAAUUAAAGGAGAUAAAGGUGGAGUGUCAAAAGCUGAUUGAGGAACGAGAGAGAGGUCAGCAGGAACUCAGAGAAGCUAUGAAGUCUUUUAAAAGUUCAGCACAAGAGGCCGUGGAGGACAUUGAGAAGGUCUUCACUGAGCUCAUCUGCUCUCUGGAGAAGAAACGCUCUGAGAUUAAAGAUCAGAUCAGAGAUCAGGAGAAGACUGAGAUAGAUCGAGCAGAGAAACUCCACAAACAUCUGGAUCAAGAGCUGACAGAACUCAGAAAAACACAAGAAGAGAUUGAGAAACUUCUGAUUACUGACGAUCAGAUACACUGUCUGAAGAGCUGUCAGUCUUUGUGUGUUUUACCCUCAUAUAAAGACGUUCCCAGCAUCACUCAACACACUCAUCUGUCUUUUAAAGACAUUUCAAUCUCAGCAUUCAGAGAGGUUUUGGAAGACGUCUAUCAACAACAAACAGCCAGAAUAUCUCGAGAAGUGUCAAAUGUUCAUGUUGCACAGACUCCAGAGCCAAACACUCCAGGUACAUUUUGUCAAUAUUUCUGUCAACUGAAACUGGAUCCAAACACUGCAAAUAAAGAACUCAAAUUGUCAGAAGAGAACAGGAAAGCAUCAUAUUCAGAUGAAGUCCAGCAAUAUCCUGAUCACCCAGAGCGAUUUGAUGAGUGUAAUUACAUCAUGUGUAGAGAGGGUUUGUGCGGUCGCUGUUACUGGGAGGUUGAGUGCAGUGGACACAACUGGGCUGUAGCAGUUUGUUACAAAGGAAUUGGACGUAAAGGAAAAAGUGAUGUUUGCGUACUUGGCUAUAACAAAAUAUCUUGGAGAUUGGGCUAUUAUAUGGGGAAUUUCUGUUUCUUACAUGGUGAAGCACAGGUCCGUGUCCCUGCUGCCUCUAGAAUAGGAGUGUAUCUGGAUCAGAGAGCAGGAACUCUGUGCUUCUACAGCGUCUCUGACACAAUGACUCUCCUACACAGAGUCCAGACCACAUUCACUGAACCCCUCUACCCUGCUUUUCUAGCUGGAAUAGGUUCAUCUGUCAGGAUUAUUAAACAGAGAAGAGCUCAUAAAGACCAGAAAUAAAUAUAAAUGCUAUAUAAAUGUAAUUUAUAUAGUUAGGUUGAACAAAAUGUACAAUUUCUUAAACACCAACAAUUAAUAUACUCGAGACACUAUCAAGAUAAAUAUUGCAUAAUAAAUAUAGUUCAUUUUCAGAUGUUACAUGGACUUUUUUGUAUUGCAUGAUCUUGGCAUACUCAUCUUCAGUAAUUCAUCUUCAGCAAUGUUUGUUUAAUUAAUAAUUCAUGAAUGAGUUCAUUAGUUAGUUUAGAAGAUAAUUGCCAGCAGAACCUGCAAAAAGCUCACAGUGUUGACAAAAUAAUAUAAAAUAAUAGGUUUUAAGUCAUACAUAUAUUACAUGAAUAAGUACAUUAAAUUUCUUUACAAUUUGAAUAACUAAGUUGAUUUUGACUGAUUUUUACUUUUCAUAACUAUCUGAUGGUGUUUGCAGAAAGAUAAGAAACAGCUGUAAAACUUUUAAAGAGAUACACAUGUUUAAAUAAUCUUUAUUUACUGUCAUUACAUAGCAUUGUUUCUUUAAAAGAUUAAUCUUUACAUUUGUUUUCUUUGAUUAAAUAUACAAUUAAUGUAAUGUGUAAUUUGUGUUUGUGUCAAUAAAAUUCUAGCGAUCAUGUAAAUACAUUCAAAGUUUGUUAGCAGCAAAUAAAACAAAUAAAGAUUUUCUGUCUGUUAAUAAACACUAUUUGACUGCUCUGAUUAUUAGUGUGGAGAAAUACAGUAUGAUU